CCCCCGUCGGCGGGGCGGGCCUUCCGGGGCGGGCGGGGCGGGGCGGGGGCAUGGCGGGCGCGCGUCCCCCGUGCCUGCUGCUGGGAGCGGCGGGCGUCGGCAAGAGCCUGCUGGUGAAGCGGCUCCAGAAGCUGAGCUCCAAGGAGGGGGCCAAGGGCCUGGGCGAGCCCCCGGCCACGCUGCCGACGGUGGGCACAAAUCUGACGGACCUGCUGCUGCAGAGGAAGAUCACGAUCCGGGAGCUGGGGGGCUGCAUGGGCCCCAUCUGGCCCAGUUAUUAUGGAGACUGCAGUGCCGUCCUGUUCAUGAUUGAUGCUGCCAAUCCCACCCAGGUUGCCUCGUCCUGCAUUCAGCUGCUGUCCCUCCUCUCUGCAGAGCAGCUCGCCUCCGUGUCUGUGCUGAUCCUCUUCAACAAGAUUGAUCUGCCCUGCUACAUGUCGCUGGUGGAGAUGAAGUCGCUGUUCCGCAUGCAGGACAUUGUCUCCUGCGCAACGCAAUCCAUCACGAUGGUGGAGACCAGCGCCCGCGACGGCACCGGCCUGCCUGACGUCCUGCAGUGGCUUCAGGCCACCCUCAGAGAUCCCAGCUGCCCCUGAGCUGUGCCCGUCUCGGGGCGUCUGGGCCGGGGAAGGGAUCUGUGGCAGGCCACGCUUAGCCAGCCACCCAGAUGGGGCUCCAGGGACUGAAGGAGGUGGCGGGAACAGCUGCCCGCACGGAGCUGUGGGUUGGGCUGAGGGCAGUGACCUGGGCUGAUGGUAGGAAGAAGCUCUUUGAGAUGUCACAGUAAAACUAUGGAGCCUCAA